ACAAACAGACUGCGCAACCAAGCUAAUGCUACAACUAAUUAUUACAUUAUCGGCCAAAACGCUGACUUUACCAACGCCCCUUUUAAUAUAGUAGUCUAACGAGUCAUAGCUGCAACCGAAUACAAUGACAAGCCAUUAACCGGUAGCAGAGCAAAUGUGGCAAAGAAAUGACCGUGGCAUAGUAAGAAAGCUGGUCAGUCUGGCUGGUUGAGGUGUGAGGGGGGACACCACAAACCACGCCACGAUUCUGACUAAAACAAUUUCCACUGCCCUCGGUAAAUCUCCUCCAUCUCCAUGUCUGUCCCCGGAUCGUAGCUACAAAUAUGGUGACACUUAUCACAGAGCAGCUCCGUAAGCAGAGUUUGGAAGAGCCUUAUUACAAGGCUUUCUCAUUCAAUGUGAAUGUGUCAUUACCUGUAGUGGGCUCCAGUCCCACUGUCUCGUGGAGUGCUUCUAGAUCAACACAAGAGACCAGCUCAGCUACACACCAAUCAUCCAAAGCCAACAAUCUGGAUGAUUCCUGUGGAUUAGACUCCCCAUGGCCUCAUUCCCACUCUGGAGAACAUCUCCAGAGACCAGAAGUUUCUUUUUCAAGCAAAGCUUUCCAAAGCUCACCUCCACCACCACCUCCAAAACGCCACUGCCGGUCCCUCUCUGUUCCAGAGGACCUGUCUCGGUGUCGCUCUACCUGGCAUCCUAGUGCAUCCAAGGUUUGGACCCCAGUCAAACGUGGGUGCCAAAGUGGAGGAGCAUCUAGUUCAAGCUCUGGAGCCAGCUCUUUGCCACUUUGUGGUCCUAGUUCCUCUUUCACCUCUUCCUCCCUACACUCAUCUUCUAGUCCUACCUUCUUUAGCUUAGCUCUGUCCUCUGACUCCCCAUUACCAUGGAGCUUCUCAUGGGACCCCUGUGACAAACUUAAAGGAGCCUGUUCUGCCUCCUUUGCUACUCCUUCCUCCUGCUCUUCCUCACCAGCCCCCCUGGUUUCUCAUUCAGUGCUGCAGCGGCGCUUCUCCCUCUCCCCUGUGCACAUUCAGGAUGCCUCUGUGGUGCUUCUCCCCCCGCAGCCUUCCCCUGCUUCUGCUCUGAUGUAUGGCUGCUCUGGCAUGGAACACCCAGCCCUGUCUCCAUCUCCCACUUCAGCCUGCAGCACGCCAUCCUCCUCUAGGCGCGGCCUGCACCCAGCGCUCCCGCGAUGCCACUCGCAGCCCUGCGACAUGCGCAAACCUCGCCUGAAGAGGCGCCAUGACCCAGAUGUUCUGCCCUGCCCUAGGCCAGGCCUCGACUUCAGUAAGAUGACACAGAUUGGAAAUCACGAGAGCCUAAUGUGUGGUAAAGGUGGCUGCAUAGUUCCAGGGUCUUCCCAGGCAGAGCAGCACUCAGCUUUCUCCCCUGCUGAGUUCCUGGGACGAGCCAGCAUUGGGCCACUAAGUGAAAGUGAAGAAGAAGAAGAAGAAGAGGAGGAGGAGGAGGAGGAAGAAGAUAAAAGAAAAAGGACUGCAGUAGAUGGGGGGCAAAAGAUUGUUUUUGAAAGAGACUGCACAGAACUGGACUUGAACCUUAUAGAAGAGAACUGACCUCUCCUUGACGCUCUAAGUGUGAUUACUGCAUUCAUAACUAUGUUAAGCACACCUGUAGGCUUUGUCCGCUCUUCUGGCAGAGUCCUUGGGAACCUGCUGCCCUCCUAAGGCAUAUGUCCAGAGUUCAUAAUCAAGAACCAAGCAAUUAGAAGCUAAUAUCAAAUUACAACAGUAUGAUUGUAAGCUAGUUCACUAUUCAACAGUUCACAAAAAUGUCACAGUGCCUGACUAUUCAACACUCCAUAGGAAAAUGUGCAUGAGCAAAUAAGCUAGUUUUCAUGCACACAGAAUUUUGGCUAAUAUUUCAUAUUGAUACAAGUCUUAAUUUGCAUUAACCACUGGUAUGAUAUUAAUAUCCUUACAUAUCCUCAUCAAAUAACACUGUAUACUGGAGUAAGAAGAAUGUGCUUAGUGUUUCUGCAUUUCCUUAUAAGUAAUUUAAAUACACAUUGAAAGUCAAUAAAUUGAUGGAGUAUAGGUAAGCAUUUGGACAUGACUGUAUGUGAGCUGUUAAAGGUGCACACACCUCAUAGUAAUAUUUGAGCAGCCCAAAAAAACAUAAGAAUAGUGAUCUUUAUUCAGUAUAAAUGCUCUCCUGUGUGUCAAACGGGUUACAUUCCAGAUUUCACUGCUAUUUCUUAAAUCCCUUACAGACCCUAAAGACAUGUCUCCAUCUGCUGUUGUUCUGUCACUGAUUAAGCUUGUCCUUUUUGGAGUAACUACAUCAUCAAAGGGAAGAUUUUCUUGUUAUAAUGAAAGGACAGCUUCCCCUUUUGUUCACAUAUUUCUUUUUUCUUUUUUUUAGUUUUCUUAAUUGCUUGAACAUAGACAGACUUUGUCAAUAAAAAAUACUGAUGAUACUGUAAACUGACCAUGCCUUAAGCUUAAAAUACAGAGUUCUUGGUGCUCUGGUCUUCUUUUCAUAGCCAGACAUUUUUGCAAUCUCCAUUUGCGCUGAUUCAGAUAUUUUUGAACAGGUGGCACAUGCACUAUAAUAGUCAAUUGGAUUGCUGAAUCGAUGCUGCAGCUGGACACCAUAGGGCACAAUGUACUGGACAGUGGUUAGAGUGAGUACGCAAUUGCCACAAGGAGGAAGGCCAAUUCUGAGUGUAUGUGACAAAGGUGGUAGUGAUGCAGAAGCUUUGGUGGCCUUUCAGAAAUGAUUUUUCAUGUGUUUUCAGAUGGAAAUAUUCCUGUUGCACAAUUUAUGUACAAAUAAAAUUUAAUAGAGAAUA